GCACGAGAGAGCUCAGUAAGUUCGUGGGCACCGAGCGCGAUUCAUUCUUCACGAGAACGAAUAUUGCACUAAUCACAAACGAUCAAAAGAUUAAAUUCUGUGAAGUAUCAACAGUUCACAGCCAUGGAAGAAAAAAUAGCAAAAUCCGAAAUUAUAUCCUUUUACAAAGAUAAGACCAUUUUUAUUACCGGCGCUUCCGGUUUCAUGGGUAAAGUUCUCUUAGAGAAAUUGCUGUUUACCUGCUCCAAUCUCAACAAGAUCUACAUUCUCAUACGAAGCAAGAAAGGCCGCAAUAUUGAAACUCGACUUGACGAAAUGUUCAAGUUGCCUGUAUUUCAAAGAAUUCGGAAUGAGAAACCUUACCUUUUUAAAAAAGUGAUACCGAUAUCUGGCGAUGUAUGUUUGCCUAAUUUAGGCCUUACCAAUCAACAGUGCGAGCUUUUAAUAAAUGAAGUACACAUCGUAUUUCAUUUCGCUGCGACACUUCGAUUGGAGGCGAAAUUGAAAGAUGCCAUCGAGAUGAACACGACAGGUACAAAAAAAUUAUUGGACUUGGCAAAACGAAUGAAGCAUCUAGUGUCCUUAGUCCAUUUAAGCACGGCCUUCUGUCACGUCGAUCAAAAGGAACUCGGUGAACGUUGUUACGAUUCGCCUGAUGAUCCUCAGGAUGUCAUGAGACUUGUUCAGUGGUUAGACGACGAGGAUAUCAAUCUUAUUACGCCCAAAUUGCUUCAUCCGCAUCCAAAUACUUACACGUAUUCGAAACGUUUGGCUGAAACGCUAGUAUCCAACGAAUACCCCAAUUUACCUUGUUGUAUCGCUAGACCAUCAAUCGUAAUACCAAGUUACUCGGAACCGAUACCAGGAUGGGUCGACAACCUGAACGGACCAACAGGAUUGCUUGUCGGUGCAGGCAAAGGUGUCAUCAGAUCAAUGCAUUGCAAUGGCAAUUAUCAUGCCGAAGUUGUACCAGUCGAUUUAGCGAUUAACGCUGUAAUUACGAUUUCAUACAAAAUUGCUGUAUAUAAGCAAAAACCCAAAACUAUACCCGUAAUUAAUAUAACACAGCAUAAUAUAAGACCGAUUACAUGGGCAGAAAUACUACAGAAAGGCAAGAAAUGUAUUUAUGAAUAUCCUUUUGACGGACAAAUUUGGUUUCCGGAUGGUGAUAUACGUAGCAGCAAAUUUGUGCAUAAUCUCUUCGUCUUCUUCUUUCACAUUAUUCCCGCGUAUUUGAUCGACUUUCUGAUGUUAAUAUUUCGACAAAAAAGAUUUAUGGUUAGAAUUCAGAAGCGAAUCUCAGAAGGGUUGAACGUGUUACAAUAUUUCACCACGAGGGAAUGGGUGUUUUAUAAUGAUAAACUAAUUGAUUUAUUCCGAGAGCUAUCGACGGAAGACCAGUUUUUGUUUAAUAUUUUAAUUUAUGAUAUCGAUAUAGACGAGUAUUUAAAAAAUAUUAUCCUUGGCACGCGACAAUAUUGUAUGAAAGAGGAUUUGUCUACUCUUCCGAAAGCUCGUCGGCAUCAAAGAAUAAUGCACAUUAUCCAUAUCACAACGGUGUAUUUAUUCUACUUUGGCGUGUUAUAUUUUAUUUAUAACAAUAUUGGGAUAAUGAAGAUAUGCUUGGAUUAUGUCAUCAACAUUAUAAAAUCACUACCGCUCAUAGGCAGUUUACUGAGCAAGAUGCAUCUUUAA